AUGGUUUUAUUGGCGGUCCGCAAUAGGAGAUGUCUUAAUAGCUGCUGUAUGGGGACGCUGUGCUUGCAGUUGUUGCUGUGGAUUUUAUGCGCCGUGAACGGAGAGGAGCAGCCGUUCAGUGUAGAGGCAUGGCUCCAGAGGUAUGGCUACCUCCCUCCUGCAGACCCCAGAAUGUCGGUGCUGCGUUCUGCUCGAGUCAUGCAGUCCGCUAUCGCUGCCAUGCAGCGCCGCUACGGCCUCAAUGUCACAGGGUCUCUGGACACCAGCACUGUAGGCGAUAGCACGAUAAGGUGGAUGAAGAAGCCCAGAUGUGGGGUUCCUGACCAGGUAGGAGGUGCGUCCAAAUUCAGCGUCAGGAAACGGCGGUACGCCCUCACAGGACAGAAGUGGCAACACAAACAUAUCACAUACAGCAUAAAGAACGUGACGCCCAAAGUGGGCGCCGAGGAGACCCACGACGCCAUCCGGCGAGCCUUCGACGUCUGGCAGAACGUGACACCGCUGCGCUUCGAGGCCGUGCCCUACAGCGAGCUGGAGAGGACCAAGAAGGACGUGGACAUCACCAUCAUCUUCGCCUCAGGUUUCCAUGGCGACAGCUCGCCCUUUGACGGCGAGGGCGGCUUCCUGGCCCACGCCUACUUUCCAGGGCCGGGAAUAGGAGGCGACACGCACUUUGACUCGGAUGAACCGUGGACGCUGGGCAACCCCAACCAUGACGGUAACGAUUUGUUCCUGGUGGCGGUCCACGAGCUUGGCCACGCGCUGGGCCUCGAACACUCCAACGACCCCACGGCCAUAAUGGCUCCUUUCUACCAGUACAUGGACACUGACAACUUCAAACUGCCCAUGGACGACCUGCUGGGCAUCCAGAAGAUUUAUGGGCCUCCCGAUAAGCUUCCCCAGCCCACCAAGCCUUUGCCGACGGCGCCCCUUCCCCGCUCCCAUCCUCCAUCAGACCCCCGUAAGCCAGACAGGCAGACACGACCUCCGAGGCUGCCCCCGGGAGACAGGCCGUCCCACCCCAACGCCAAACCCAACGUCUGCGACGGAGGCUUCAACACCCUCGCCAUACUGAGGAGAGAGAUGUUCGUCUUCAAGGAUCACUGGUUUUGGCGCGUGAGAGAUAACUCGGUGAUGCCAGGAUACCCCAUGCUCAUCAGUGUUUUCUGGAGGGGCCUGCCGCCCAAGAUAGAUGCCGUCUACGAGAACAGCGAGGGAAAGUUUGUCUUCUUCAAAGGGAAGCAGUUCUGGGUGUUUAAGGACACGGUGCUGCAGACUGGAUACCCCAAGGACAUCGCCCAGUUCGGCCACGGCAUGCCGGCCCAGAGCAUCGAGACCGCUGUGUGGUGGGAGGACGUGGCCAAGACCUAUUUCUUUAAAGGAGACAGGUACUGGCGUUACAAUGAGGAAAUGAGGACCAUGGACCCUGGCUAUCCCAAGCCUGUCACAAUUUGGAGAGGUGUGCCUGAUUCGCCACAGGGGGCCUUCGUCGACAAAGCCAAUGGUUACACCUACUUCUACAAGGGUAAGGAGUACUGGAAGUUCAACAACCAGCUCCUCCGAGUGGAGCCGGGCUACCCGCGUUCCAUCCUCAAGGACUUCAUGGGCUGCGACCUGACGCCCGUCGACCCCGCCCGGCCGCCGGUCGACGACGGCACCUCGGACGUGGUGAUCGAGCUGGACAACGAGGCGAACACGGUGAAGGCCAUCGCCAUCGUCAUCCCCUGCGUGCUCGCGCUGUGCCUGCUGGUGCUGGUCUACACCGUAGUGCAGUUCAAGAGGAAGGGCACGCCGCGCCACAUACUGUACUGCAAACGCUCCAUGCAGGAAUGGGUCUGAAACGCCGGGGAAGAGACGAGAAGGUGGGGGCGAGGGCGAGGGCAGGCGGGAGAGACGACAGACCCCCCACUUUCACAGAGGAGGACUUGUGGACUUUGGGACAUCUUUAGUGAAAACAGCCACGCCUCCUCCUUUUUGGGUGAUCUGAUACCUUCGUUCAGAAACAACCUGUCGGCGACCCCCUCACACACAAGGUGACCCCAGGACUUAAAGAUGACUCCGCUAACCCUCAGCCUUUUUAACAAACAGGGGAGCAGAGGGACACUUUGUGGGGGAUCCUGUAAAAAAACAGGAGGAUCAGUAUCACUUUGUAUCUCAGAAACUUGACUUCCUAUCCCAUUCCUUCUUUUAUUUCUUCGCCCGACUGCUCUUAAUCAGAAAGAGGACUUUCACGGAGGAAACGCACUCUUCCCACAGGGCACUGCAUUGUCAUCUGUCAUAUCAGGUUGUUGACGAAACAACACUUUUAUAUUUUCUGAUCUCGGUGCCCCACCUCCUCCAGCUUCAUACCGCGCUCAAAAGAUAAACACGAGUUAAUCACGUUGCCGAUCUUCAAUUUCUGUAGUGUUUUUAUUUCAAUUUUUUGCAUUUGAAUUCUUUUUGAGAAAGGAGGUCCUCACCGUUCCCUUUAACACGCUCCUGAGGAAGAGACCAAACGAAACCAAAUAAAAUCAAUUUCUCUCCAAAGAGGAUUACAUUUUUUUUCUUCUUUUUUUUUUUGUUCUCAUUUCAGUUCAUCCCUUUUCCUUCCCUUCUCUGGAUCCUUGCAGCGAUUAAGAGUCGGGGAGCUCUGACUGUUGUGGCAGUCUGUUUGAGACACAGGGGCCAAAUUAUUCUGCAAUAUUUUAACUCGCCUUAAUUAUAGAUCAUACUACUUGUGCUUUGGUUUUGCUGUUCUUGGAGUUGUUGUUUUCUCUUUUUUUUAAUUUGUAUACCGCUUCUGUUUGUUUGUUUUUAUUUGUUUGUAAAAAAGAAGCUAAUUGAGAGCUUCUUGUGAUUGCUAUUUUAUGGUUUUUAUUACCCAGAAUUCUCAGCACUGGCUUGCUGAGCCAUUCUGGACAGAAUAUACAGUAGGGUCAGCCUGUAUUGAGAGUAAUGUAUUGUAUCGUGCAAAGAUGUCGGGAAGGUUCUGGAGUAAAGCCACUAUUUUUUUUGUGUGUUAAGCUAUUUGUUAUCAUUUCCAUACGACAGAAAUCAGGCUAAUUGUGAGCUUGAGAGCUUGUUAUUGGAUUUGCUGAUGUUAUUUUGUUUUGUCCAUGGCCCAUAAUUCCCCUCAGUUUAAAGACAUGUGCAUCCAAAAUGGUUAUUUGUGAAUGGACAGACCAUUUUUUUAAAAGAAAAAAAAGAAUCCUGUUGACUGCCUUGUUUGAGAGAGCUCACAGUUCCCAGAAUGCUCUUGUCUCCUGACUGAGGACCCACAAAGUGAGACACCAAGUCAAGAUCAGUGCCUGUGUCAACGUGCAUGCAAGCAUUUACUGUACAUCCAACAACCGGUUCUGCUCAACGUGGCGGGAAGUUUUCUCUUGAAAAUACUGUUUGCAUUUAUUUUUGUACAUUUUAAGUGUUCCCCUCCCUCCCUCCCUUUACCUCCAGGUACAAUUAAAUCUAAGAAAAAACCUUUAAAAGAUUCAAGUGGUACAUUUGGGAAAUCUUUGGGAGAUCUAGAUGGGUAAUUGGCAAAGUGAAAUUGGCUUCAGCAAGCAAACCAACCGUUCUGUAGUGUCCUCGCUGGCAUGGCGAGCAGUCUUUGAAUGUGUGUCUGUUUUCAUGAUCACAUACUGGUUUUUCUUUCUUUCUUUUCCUGUUUUCUGGUCAAAACAAAUUGGACAUCUCACAAUGACUUCUUUGUGUAAGACUUUGGGACAACGGGGGAAACGUGUCCUGACAGAAUGAAUAAAUUGAUCAAUAUAUGAUUAAGAGCUGCCUUCGAACUCUCUGCUCGUCUUUUAACUUGCAUGCAGAGUAUGUGUGUGUUCAGUGCUGGUCUGGGCUGUCUGUACAUAAUGUGUUCCCCCACAUCUGAUUUGGCUGUGUGUUUGCUUGUGAUUCUUGGAUGAUGUGCACCCUACAGUGGUGUGGUAUUGGUUUGGUUUGAAACAAGCACUCGUGUGUACCAAUCAGUUGAUCUAAUGAUGAUUUACUAAGAUAUGAAAAAAAGCAAAUAUAUUUUGUAGUGUGCAGUUCUAUGUGCUAACAUCAGCAUGCUAACAUUCUCAGAAAGACAAUGCUGACAUACCGAUCUUUAGUAGGCGUAAUGCUUACCCUGUGCGCCAUCGUAGUUUAGCAUGCUAACAUUUGCUAAUUUGCACUUAAUACAAAGUACAGCUGAGACUGAUGAGAAGUAUUGAACAAAUUUAGAUUUUACCUGUUGAUGCUGAGUUAAAGUCAGGGGAUCACCAACGUUAUUAGGAUUUAUCGUCUGGGCACCAUGGCUAGCUGUACAAAAAAUGUCAUGGCAAUCCAUCCAAUAGUUGUUUCGAUAUUUCAGUCUGGAAAGUGGUGGACCAACCAACUGACCAGUACAAUGAUGUUUCUUUUACAACCACCACAUUAGCUUUCAUGCUAAAGUCACCUUAUUAUCUAACUCGCAUACAUGAACACACGUUUUUUUCCUGCACCUGAGCUUGUUGAAUGAGCCACCAAAACAAACAUCCUCCACUGCUGCUAACGUCAGCUUCUCAGCUGCAGUACGUGAAACAGCAUGUAAACGUAACUGCAAAUGUCACUUGGGUCUCACUUGGGUCUGGUUAGAUGCUGGUGUGGUCCUUACUCUUCAACACCACUAACAACACCGCUAUCUGCCCAUGAUAUGUACACGCUACAGCGCUACUCUGUUUACUUUGUGUCUUGUUCCCCUGCCGGGGCUCAGCCUGCCAGCUGCUGUCAAUCAAACGCACCGAGACCCCCCUCUAGCAGGCUGAUAUUUACCCAAAGACCUUUUUUCUUACUUUUAAUACUUAAAAACUUUUCAACAACACAUUAAAAAAAAAAACAUGUUAACAUUAUUUUUUACUACAAAAAGAGACGACUAACUGUGAUUUCAGUUGGACUUUAAGCAACUUGAAACUUGGCUGGAACCAGUGUUGUGCAAACAGUGCAGACAGAGGGCCGACCUACAGUGCAUGAAGGCACUGGCUCAAACUUCGGUGAACUCUGAACUCCAGAGAUAAACUCAGCCAGCAGCAAGAAAAGACAAAUAAAAAAAGUAGCAUUUGAUUUAGAGAAAAGUGUGUGUUGAUCUGGGCCUGAGAGCUCAGCAGUCCUACAGUAUUGUGUGCUGCUGUAUUUUUGGGUGGAGUGAUAAAAAUCAGUGCUUUUAGAUGUACGAUCCCAGCGGUGCAGCGCUGGCAUUUAUUGCGGAUUGUGAAAGUGAAACAUGUUGGUUUUUAGUGUUUACUCUAGCUUUGCCGGGACACUUUUGACAUACAGUUACAACAAAGAAGGUGAGGUCAAGCCAGUUUGCUGACUGUGGUCACUGAGUGUGUAUGUGUAUGUGUGUGUGUGUGAUGAAAUUACACUCUUUGGGAUAACACUUUAUCGGUUCUCAUCACAGGACUGUUCAGUGGUGAAAUUGCUUCCAAUCUGCUUUUGGACAAAGGCAUUAUAUGCUCGGCUAUGUUUAGAUCGGUGCUUUUUCCUUAAGGCUCUUACUCAUUGUCUAUUCUCUCUCCAUCCCUGUAAAUACAGACUGUGUGUCCGUGUGCCUAUUUGUGUUCUGCUUCAUGUUCCCUACAGAUGCGUGUACUGUACGAACCAGUCCUGUAGCAGUAAUACAUGAGGUUUCAUUUUAAAAUAUCCGUCAGCACUUUUUUCUUUUACUUCUAUUUGUGUACAUGUGUGAGCAUGCUCUGAACAGCAGUGCGGGUUUUUAAAGAAGUAAUAUGUUGAUCCACAAACGCCAUGUUGCUUCGCCAGCCUCGGUGUGUCUGUGUCUCAGCCUCUGCAUCUUGGUCCUGUGCAUGCUUACCAGACUGUGUGUGUGUGUGUGUGUGUGUUUGCAAGCAUGUCAACCUCACAACUGGAGCCUGGACAAACCCUGUGGGCCCAGCCGUCUCUUUUGCGACUGCCAGGCUAAAAUAUUGGUGCUAAACUGACCUACACUGGCCAGGGCUGUUAUUCUACGGUGCUAUUUUUGUCAGCCCUCCUCCUCCUCCUCCGCCUCCUCCUCCUCCUCCUCAUCCUCCUCCUCCUCCUGCUGUCAUUGGCUCAAAACUUGAGUGAUUACAACGGCAACCGAAGUAAUACAUUUUCAUUUAACCCGUGUCCUUACAGUGCACUGUUUAAUGGCUCCUCUUUGGUUAAGGACAGUAUAUCCUAGUGCUGGUUAUUAGCGUGGCACAGUGAAGCAGCUGAAAGGAGCUUGCUGAAGGUCAGCAGGAGUCAAGCUGUUGCUUUGGCCCUGAUAAAAAAGGUUAAACAGGAGACACACACAGAAAAUAAUGGUUGUUUAUUUGUACUGUCUCUUGCAGCAGGGCGGCCAGUGGAUCAUCCAUAUUCAGAGAUAGCGUUGUUUGCAUCUCCUCUUGCCAUUUUUCUAUUCAUUGUUUGUUGGAUCAUUAUGUUAAUGUGAUGACAUUUAAGGUGUGUACUGUAUGUGUGUGACAUCUCAGCACCUCCUUUUCAGCUCAUUCAUUGUCAAAAAUUGACUGUUCGCUAAACCCCUCCCCCGACUGUCCAGUCUUAGCAACAGUAACCAGGCACGGCAGGUCUUUUUUUUGCCUUUCCUAAACCAAAAUCACAAGAGCAAAAAAAAAGGAUUGAAAUGAAUGGUGUGUUUGUCUGCUCUAGCAUAAGCUACAAUUGCUAACAUGUCAGGCUAACUAGAUUACUGCCUAGUACAGUAGUAACUAAGGCCAAGUGGCACAUCAUUAGCCUAAAUUUGUUACGUUAAAAAAAAAAAAAAAAAGCACAUCCAUUGUGUA